AUGGAUUCCGUCACUCGGCCUCGCACGCUCUACGAGAAGAUCUUCGACGCUCACGUUGUGGCUGAGCGGGAGGAUGGCACAGUGUUACUUUACAUCGAUCGCCACCUCAUCCAUGAAGUCACUUCCCCACAGGCCUUCGAAGGGCUGGACAAACACGGUCGCUCUGUGAGGCGUCCUGAGCUUACCCUUGCGACAUCCGACCACAAUGUGCCGACAUCAGAACGUCCUCAAGGCGUGAAGGCAUCAACAUACCUCACCCGCGAGGACUCUCGCAUUCAGGUCCAGAAACUAGAGCGUAACGUCAAGCGCCACCAUAUCCCCUACUUCGGUCUUCGAUCGAAGAGGCAGGGUAUCGUUCAUGUCAUCGGACCAGAGCUAGGCUUCACCCUCCCUGGAAAUACAAUUGUCUGUGGGGAUAGCCAUACCAGUACCCAUGGAGCUUUCGGUGCCCUCGCUCACGGAAUCGGCACCAGCGAGGUUGAGCACGUCCUGGCCACGCAGACUCUCGUGUCCACGAAGAGUCGUAACAUGAACGUGGUAGUUCGCGGGCGUCUCGCAGACGGUGUGACAUCAAAAGACCUUAUGCUAUACAUAAUUGGCUCAAUUGGUACGGCUGGUGGAACCGGCUCGGUAAUUGAGUUCAGUGGGCCUGUGAUCGAAGACCUCAGUAUGGAAAGUCGCAUGUCACUUUGUAACAUGUCGAUUGAGGCCGGUGCAAGAGCCGGACUCAUUGCCCCAGACGAGAAAACGAUCUCUUACGUCAAGCGACGCGAGAUGGCGCCACGUGAAACCUGGGACAUGGCGGAAGCCUAUUGGAAGACACUCCGGACCGACGCAGGUGCCGUCUUCGACAAAGUGGUGGAAAUUGAUGCCAACGACGUAACGCCAACGGUCACCUGGGGAACUUCACCGGAACAGGUCAUUCCAAUCACCGGCGUGGUGCCUGCUCCCAGCGACUUUUCGGAUCCAGUCAAGAAGGAGGGCUGCCUUCAAGCUCUGGCAUACAUGGGUCUUACCCCUGGAACGAAUGUAGCAGAUAUUGCGGUGGACAAGGUCUUCAUCGGCUCGUGUACCAACGCCCGCAUAGAAGAUUUCCGCGCGGCUGCUCAGAUCUUGAGAGGGCACACCAUUGCACCUAACAUCAAGCUAGCCCUUGCUGUGCCUGGGUCGGGCCUCGUCAAGCGUGCUGCCGAAGACGAAGGGAUUGACAUAAUCUUCAAGCGCGCUGGAUUCCAGUGGAGGGAGGCCGGGUGUAGCAUGUGCGUGGGCUUGAAUGAGGACUCUCUUGCACCGACAGAGCGAUGUGCCAGUACAAGUAAUCGCAAUUUCGAAAGUCGACAAGGAACAGCCGGAAGAACACACCUCGUCUCUCCGGUUGUUGCCGCUGCCACUGCAAUCAAAGGCACACUGGCGGCACCUUCUCAGGUUGCGAAAUCCGUUGGGCCUGCUGCACGCUUACAGCACGUUAAUGUCGAUUUCGAUGUAGGAUUCUCGAGUGAUAGUGAAACACUGUCGGAGGAGGACAGUUCCUCGCAAUCCUCGCUCAUAUCCACCUCGUCGGAGUACUCUGGGUCACCAAGCAAAGCCAAACGCGUGUGGACAGCCGUCAAAAAGCACGUAAAAGAACACCACGAUAGCAUGAAUCAGGCUUACUCAGUUUACUACGGUCAGGGUGCUGGAAGACGAAGCUUUUCAGGAUCUGGAUCUGAGCAUUCAAAGCAUGCAGCCGAACAGGUAGCGCAACAAGCUACCAAUAACUCUCGUUUCGAAGACAACAUCAAGGGAUCUGUAGCCGUUAUCGAGCGAGCAAAUAUCGACACAGACGCCAUCUUUCCCAAGCAAUUUUGUACAACCACUCAGCGCACUGGCCUAGGUCAUGCUCUUUUUUCCAAUCUUCGAUACAACCCGGACGGGAGCCCUAAGCCAAAUUUCGUCUUGAACCGCCCUGAAUCUCGCAGUGCAUCGAUCCUCCUGGCUACAGGGCCUAACUUCGGAUGUGGUAGCUCUCGGGAGCAUGCCGUCUGGGCAUUGCAAGAUUUUGGUUUCCGUUGCGUAAUUGCUCCCAGCUUCGCAGACAUCUUCUACAACAAUGCUUUCAAGAACGGCCUGCUUCUAGCGCAGGUGAAUGCAGAUGUGGUAAACCGCAUUGUGACCGAAUCGAAUACAGGACAAUGUAUCAAGAUCAAUCUUGAACAGCAGACCUUACGAAACGAUCAAAAUGUUGUUAUUGGUCGAUUCGAGAUCCCGGAGCGUCGUAAGCAAGAGUUGCUAAGUGGUAUCGGUGAGAUCGAGGCAAGCCUUGCAUUCCACAGCCAGAUCAAACUAUAUGAGGAGCUCAGACGCCAACUAUCACCGUGGUACGAAGAAGGUGUUCGCUCACAGGCAAACGUGCGACGGCGUCAAUUAGCGACCGGCCAGAGUGACCCUUUCGCGGACGACCUCAAGAACGAAGCCCUCGCUUGGUAG